CUAUCUCUUGCUGCUGCUCUUGGCCACUUCGUCAAUCGCUUCUUUGACCUUGCACCACACAUCCUUCUCGCCAAUCUCCCCAAGACCACCCCCAGCCAUCACGCCCCGAAACACCACCCCCCCACUGACCUGCCUCUCCUUGACGCCCUUCCCCCUACCCCCCACACCCACUCUCCUCAACACGUCCGCCACCCAUCGCCACGCCUCCUGGCAGAGACGCAGAAAGGGCUCGGGCAGCAUGUUGUCAGUCUGCUGCUGCGGCUGCUGCUGCUGCUGCAUGAGCAUCACCACCUGCGCCCCCGGGCGCAUGAAGGGGUACAUCUGUGCGGCAUCGCGUGAAUGGCGGCCGCUGCUGACGACCAGGACGGAUGUGACGGCCGCGAGGUUGACCAGGUCUGGGUAUGUGAGUGUGUCGAAGAAGGUGACCUCGAUGCUCCACCCCUGAUAAGAGCCGGGUGUGGUGACCAGCUGCCGCUGCAGGUGCUUGAUGAUCGACAGCUCUCUUGGGAGGUCUGGCUGGCCGUCGAUGGGGCACUGCCACUCGCCCUUCCCUUCGCCCCCAUUGGCGAGUGUGCAUGGCAGAGAAGAGGCGAACACGAUGUGUCUCGGUGGCGGGUCGAUGAAGAGCCGUGUGUCUCUCCUGAUGGGCAAAGGGCCGGAGAGAGAGGGGAGAGUCGUGGGGGAUGAGCACAGCAGCUGAUAGUCUUCCUCGUCCAUCAAGGCGGUCUCGGUCUCGUUCUCGCCAUGUGUGUCGAUGAAGGACUCUGAUGCCUUUGCCGGCUUUGUGUCCUCCUGCCGCUGUACCGACUCCAGGUGCCUCUGUAGGCCGUCCUUGCCCAGCUUGGUCAUUUUGGUCGUCUUCUGCUGGGCAUACUUUCCCCUAGCAAGCAU